AUGAGGAAAAAAUCACCGGAAAAGUCGAGCACUCUAUCCGUGCCAUCAGUUUCCUAUACAGCGGACGAUAAUUCGCCGACAAGUGAUAACACGACAACAGUUAGGCUCAGAACCAGAACCAGAGAACUGCCUAAACUCGAUGACAGCCAAUCGCCUGUUGACGAGACACAGACCACUUCCGGGCGACGAACGCGCGUCCGAAACACCGUCGAGUCGUCGCCGACACCAUCCGCCUCCGCGUCGGCGACAAACAAUUUGGGCAGAACUCGAGUUAGGGGUCAGAUAUCGGACUUACGUCUAGAGCCCGACGGCGCAGAGCUUAACGAUAAGUCGUCGCCGACUAAGUCUUCGGCGCCCAAAAGGAUACGAAAGAUUUUGGGCGCCGAAGAGAGUCUGCCAUUGGAUGGCGAGAAUCAAACGGAGUCGGCGGACGUCCAGUUUAUUCUUCGCGUCAAAACUGCGACGAGAGAGAGGGAGUGCGACGAAGAGAGCAUUGCGGACACCGAUACGACCGAAACCACGUUAUGUGGUUCCGCAGACGUCGAGGAAUAUCAGACAAAGAUUGCGUCUCUCGUUCAACAAUUAGCCAAAUCGGAGGAAUCGUUGAAAGCGUUAGAGAAACAGAACAACGAAUUGCAGGCGAAGAUUAAACGGAUGGAGAAAUUGCAGGAAAACAAAGCCAAACAAAUCAAUGAAAGCGAUAAACAGGCGCUCGAGAAGACGGCCUCCGAAUUGAUUAAACUUCAGGGAAAGUGUCGUGAAUUGGAAACCAUUAAAACAGAGCUUAAAGACGAGAACAAUGUCCUCAAAAUUGAAGUGAAAGAACUGACGCGAGAAGUGGAAGCCAUGAAACGCGAGAAUCCAAAAGAACUCAAAGAAGUGAUCACUAAUUUGAGGCUUAAAUUACAACAAACGGAACUCCUUUGCGAACGACUCACCGAAGAGAACGAAGAGAUGAAAAAAGAUGUGAAAGCACUGGAGGUUGAGUUCCAAGAACUUCACGACAACUUUCGCGAAGACCAGUCCUCAGAGUUUCGUGUAUUGAAGCGUGAGUUGGAGUCGUCGUCGAAGAAUUGCCGGGUUUUGCAGUUUAAGCUCAAAAAGGCUGAAAGGAGUGUAGAAUUGAUGGAAAACGAUAAGAUAGAGCUCGAGAAGAAGAUGAAGGAUCUCUUGGAGACCACGAAAAUAGAUGUCGACAAACAUAAGAUGAAAGAACUGGAAACGGAACUGUCGAUCGCCAAAGAAGUGUCGCUUAAAUUGCACGCAGAGAUCGAGACACUAAGAGAGGGUCGACUACUUCUGGAGCAACAGUUGGCGGAGAAGAAUCCCUCGCAAAAGGCGAUGAAUCGGUUGUCUUCGGGCGGUAUUUCGCCGACCGUUUCGUUCGACGGCAAAGACUACGAGCAAGUGAUCCGCGAUCUGUACGACACGAUGGAGAGGGAAAAGGAUCUUCAGGAACAGAUGAAGUUCGCUGAGGAGGAGACGCGAACGAUGCGCAAGAAGUUGUCGACAAUGGAGUCGGAGAACGAGAUACUGAUGAUGCAGAUCAGGAAAAUGGCGAAUCAAAAGUCGGCCAAAGGAGACAUCGAUAACGACGAGUCGGAAGAGUUGAGUCCCGAAGAGAUGAAACUGAAUCUCGAACUCUACGAACAGGAAAUGGUUGUCUUGAGACGAAAGGCCGAUGAGUUGGAACAGGAGAACGACAACUCACAGCAGGAGAUCAAGUAUUUGCAGGACAAACUCAUAUCGCAGCCAUUGACCAAAGUUGAAAUGCCCGAAAUACCGGUCGGUUCGCCGCCUAACGUCAUAUAUGAGCAUAAAAUACGGAUUCUUGAGUCCGAAGCGCGAGAUUUGCGCAAAAAACUGGUCGAUAGGGAGAAGGAAUACGAGAGCUUACGAACGGAGAUCGAAGUCCAUCGACGGAAGGCAUCCAAAGUGAUCAUCAGAAGCCGAAGCCUUGACGGCGAACAACAGGUGGAUCUGAAGCGUCAGUUACAGCUCGUGGAACAAGAGGCGAGCAUUUUGAGACAAAAACUCAUUUCCAUUGAAUCAGAAAACGACAAAUUGAUUAAUGAGAACAAGAGAUUCCAAUUGAGACUCAGCCGAAAGCCACCGCCCGGUCCCGCGGAUCAGCUUCAGGUCGAAAACAUCGAACUCAAGAACAAAAUCAAAGAAUUAGAGCGAAAAUGCGAGAAUAUUAAGUCGGAUUUGAUGGCCAGUAAAUCUCAACCAAAUUUAAACAGCUUUUUAAUGAGUGAUACGGAAAAUGAUUUGAUAAAUACGUUGAAAAAACAGCUUAAGACCAAAGAGUCGGACAUUACGAACCUUAACGCACGGCUGACCCAAACGGAUGUCGAAUGCAAUCGACUUAACAGAGAGUACAAGCGUUUGAAGGAAACGGUGUCCGCGAAGAGAAGACCCACUCGUGUGGUGAGAGAAACGGCGACUCGAAUGGAGUUAAAGGAUAUCAUCAAAGAGUUGGAGGAAGACGUGAAUGACUUACACAAUACAAUUCGAGCCAAAGAUAUGAUACUCGAGAAUAUAAACGAAGAUUUGAGUGAAACUAAGAGAGAAUUUGAACAAAUGAGAGACGAAUUGAAGACAAACGGCGUUUCAGUAAACAGUAAUCCAAACCAUUUGUCUCACGUAAACGAAAGGCUGCGGAAAGAACUCGACAGCGAGAGGACUAAAUUGAAGACAUUGCAGACGAAAGUGGAUUCGUUUACAAAAGAGAGAGGCAUUGAUUUGAGUGCUUUGGAUAACUUGGAAGUACUUCAGGCGGAGAAGAAAGAGUUGGCCAUUAGAUUGGAUGACAUCCACGCAGAGCUGAUCCGUGAAAAGUCAAGAGCAGAUGACAUGAACCAGAAGUUGAUGGCAACCAUCACUAUAAAAGAAGAGCUCAUGAAAAGCAGUCAAUUAACGCAAAAACAGGUCGAGAGGCUCGAAGACGAGACCGAUAUUUGCAAUGAAAAACUUAGAAAAAGUGACAAUAAUUUGAAAGAUAUUACAAAUAAAUACGAAAGUGUUUCAAAAGAGUUGACUGAAUUGAAAAAGAUUUCACAACAAACAAAAACUGAGCUCGAUCAGGAAAAGAGUAAAAAGACGACAAAUGAGAGUCAAACGAGUGGUUUGGCAGCUGUUUUGCAAAAAGAGAUCAACGAUUUGAAAAAACAAUUGAAUGAAAUGACAGUUAAAGCGAAUAAUUAUAAGAAACAAUUUGAAGGUCUGGAUAAAGAAUAUCGAGAAAAGGAAACUAAAUUGAGAGAAGAAAACGCUAAGAAAGUGGAGACGACGUCGAAAGCGAUCCGAAAGGAAGUGCACUUAGAAUUGCAACAAAUGAGAGAAGAAUCGACUAAUUAUAAGACAAAAAUGAAUGAAUUGAUUGAAAAACUGGACAAAACUGAUAAAGAUUUGAAAGAAUCAAAUGAAAUAUCCGAAAGGAAGUGCACUUAG